GGACUGUCAGCAGGCUGAUACAAAAUAUUUAUCUGGAUGGAAGCAGUGGAAAAGAACUAGCCGUAAAUCAUUGAAAAAAGUUCUCAAUGAAUUCAAGGAGUUGUCAUCUUACCUGGAGCUUUGGCGACAUGAUAUUCACAGCAUAGAAGGGAAAUUUGGUACUGGCAUCCAGUCCUACUUCUCCUUCCUGCGUUUUCUGGUCAUGCUGAAUUUUAUAAUUUUUAUCUUGAUGUUCAGUUUUGUUACCUUUCCCAGCAUCAUUUCUAAAUAUGGAAUAUUCAACAGUAGCUAUGCUAAAAUUCCUCCAAAGAACAUAGAACUUCACUGCACAGUUUAUAAACCUGGUGGUAAUAAGGGACUUGUUUAUUUCUAUACUUACCUCAAAGAUUUGCUGAGUGGCACUGGCUUCCUUGAAGUGACAAGUUUGUUUUAUGGCUAUUACACAAUAGAUGCUGUAUGGCUUAGUAUCACGAGGUACAACUUGCCACUAGCCUAUCUGCUGGCUACGUUUGCCUACCUUGCAUUAAGUCUCAUCUGGAUAAUUGGAAGGUCUGUGGAAGGAUUUAAGCAGAACUUGGUGCAUGGUGAAGAUCAAUUUCAGAGUUACUGUAACAAAGUCUUUGCAGGCUGGGACUUCUGCAUUACCGAUCCAAAUGCAGCACGGCUAAAACAUCACAGCUUGCAAUAUGAGCUCCAAACAGACUUGGAGGAAGAAAGACUGAAGCAAAAAAUAGCGGACAGGACAAUGAAAGAAAAGCUACGCAUCUACUCUCUGAGAAUAUUUAUAAAUAUAAUCGUCAUUGCAGUUUUAUCAGGAUGUUUUUACUCUAUUUAUAGAGCUACUGUCUUCUCUCAAGAAAACUCCAAUAAAGGCGUCAGCAAUAUGAACUUGCAGGCUAAUCUCUUAGUGCAGUAUUUGCCUUCCAUUGUGAUCACAUUGGCCAACUUCAUUGCUCCUCAGAUCUUCUCAUUUCUGAUCAGAUUUGAAGAUUAUUCACCAGCCUUUGAAAUCAGACUGACACUCAUGAGGUGUGUCUUUGUGCGUUUGGCCAAUAUCGGUGUUCUCCUGUUCUCGCUGUGGAGUCAGAUCUCCUACUGUGCCACCAAGGAGUGUGUGGCCUGUGGAUACAAUUACGAACUCUAUCCUUGCUGGGAAUCUGAUGUUGGGCAAGAAAUGUAUAAACUGAUGAUAUUUGAUUUUAUUAUAAUUCUUGCUGUGACCCUCUUUAUAGAUUUUCCUAGAAAGUUGUUAGUUACUCAUUGCUCUUGCAAGCCAGUUCAGUGGUGCGGAUUGCAGGAAUUUGGAAUUUCUGACAACGUCCUGGAAAUCAUUUAUGGGCAGACUAUCUGCUGGAUUGGAACCUUCUUUUCACCACUUCUCCCUGCAAUAGCAGCUAUAAAAUACUUCAUCAUCUUUUACAUUAAAAAGAUCAGUUUGAUGCACACAUGUAAACCUGCAGCUAGGCCUAUCAGAGCAUCAAGUUCCAAUUUUUUCUUCUUGUUGGUACUGUUGAUUGGGCUCGUCUUGGCUUUUAUUCCUUUGGGAAUCAGCAUAGCACAUAUCCCCUCCUCCAAGGCAUGCGGGCCGUUCAGAAAUUUUAACACUUCAUGGGCAGUUGUUCCACAUACAAUACUUGGGUUUCCAACAGGUCUGCAGCAGGUUCUUCAUGGCAUAGCAUCAGAAGCCUUUGCAGUGCCUUUUUUUAUGGUCAUCUGCCUCAUUAUGUUCUACUUUAUUGCCUUGGCUGGAGCACACAAACGAGUGGUUGAGCAGCUGAGGGAACAACUGGUUAUGGAGAGUCGUGACAAGUUGUUCUUAAUCAGAAAGAUAACAGAAGCGCAGGGGCAUCCUUGA